UAUGCUACGAACAUGACGAUUGGUGGCGAAGAGCUCCUCAUCCAGUUGGACACCGGAUCUUCCGAUCUGUGGGUCAACCUCGAGGCCGGCGAAAUCGAGUUCACGAACACGACGGACCUCCCGGCUGAGGAAGCAUACGGCAUUGGGCAUGUCACCGGCACCAUCCAGUUCGCUAAUGUUGAGUUGGGUGACAACAUUGUGCCCAACCAAGCGUUCAUGAACAUCUCGAACGCGACGGACUUCGGCACGAUCUUCAAAGAUGACGUGCGCGGUAUCCUUGGUCUCGCAUUCGAUGCGGGUUCUACCGUCGAAGGCACUAUUACUCAGGUCUACGGGAGUGACUCGACCCUCGGCCGUUCCUUCCUCUCGAACCUCUUCAUGCAGAACGAGACCAAGCCCCUCUUCACCGUCCAGCUCGGUCGUACGGAUGACCCACAGUACACCACCGAGGGCGCGUUCACCAUUGGCGAAUACCUGCCUGAAUUCGAGACCGUCUCGGACAUGCAGAAGCUCUACCGCUUCCCCAACAAUGGCACAGGCGCGGCUCCCCGUUGGUCCACCAUCUUGAGCGGCAUGACCAUCAACGGCAAGCCCUUCCAGUUCAACGCGUCCGGGGUCCCUGAUACGCCGGAGGGCUCCGUCGUUGCGGUGCUUGACACGGGUUUCACGUUCCCGCCCAUCCCUGGCGCGGCUGUGGAGGCUAUUUACGGUGGCAUCAAUGGUUCGUACUACGACACGAACAGCAGCCUCUGGAUCGUCCCCUGCAACAAGGCGGCCGAUGUUGAGUUCCAGUUCGGCGAAAUGUCUGUGCCGAUCCAUCCCUUGGAUCUCACGACGAUCGUCGAGAUCAACAACACCGAGGUCUGCGUGAACACGUUCCGUCCUUCGACCUUCCCCGUGAACAACCAGUUCGAUCUCAUUCUGGGUGAUGCUUUCCUGAAGAACGCCUACGUCUCCUUCAAUUACGGCGACAUGUCCGCAGAUGCUGUCCCGUACAUGCAGAUUCUGCCCACAACUGACAUGGAUGCCGCGCAGGAGGAGUUCGAGUCCGUGCGCGGGGCGAUGUACGCCCAAGCCGCUGCUUCUGUCGCCGCUUCCUCC